UUCGAUAAUAUGGUAGUGCUACUGCUAGCCACACUUUUGGGCUUUGAGGGUCCAAAUUUAUUUCCACCAUAAAAAGAGCUUAAAGUGUAUUAAAUGGGCGAAGAAAAGCUUCCAAAAGUGCUUGUUCUUGGUCCACCAACGUGCUUCUCAACCCUCCAACCACUCUACUCUCACAAAUUCAAUUUCCUUGACCUCAAAACCUCAGGUCUUCCACUGCACCAAUUUCUGAUUUCCCACCGCCACCACCCUUCAACAAUUCCCGCCAUUUUCUGCAGCGCCGCUUACUCCAUUACCGCCGAUGUUCUCGGACUUUUCCCGUCGCUCCGCCUCGUCGUCACCUCCAGUGUCGGAACUGAACACAUCGAUCUUCACGAGUGUCGUCGUCGCGGAAUUCAGGUCGCCGGUGCCGGAGGGGUUUUGUCGGAAGACGUGGCUGAUGCUGCGGUGGCGUUGCUGAUUACCGUAAUGAGGAAAGUAACGGCGGCAGAUCGAUAUGUAAGGACGCAGGACCGUUCUGACGCUUGGGAUUUCCCCCUUGGCUACAAGUUGUCAGGAAAACGAGUUGGAAUUGUUGGAUUGGGAAACAUUGGCAUGGAAGUAGCAAAGCGAUUGGAAUCAUUCGAUUGCAUCAUCUCGUACCACUCUAGGCAUAAAAAAACAACUAUUGCGUACCCUUUCUAUUCCAAUGUUGUUGAUCUUGCAACUUCAAGCGAAGCACUUGUCGUAUGUUGUGCACUAAAUAACCAAACACAACACAUAAUAAACAGAGAUGUUCUUUUAGCAUUAGGAAAACAAGGGUUUAUUGUGAAUGUUGGAAGAGGUGGUCAUAUUGAUGAGAAACAAUUGGUCAAGUGUUUAAUAGAAGGAGAAAUUGGAGGUGCUGGUUUGGAUGUUUUUGAGAAUGAGCCUCAUGUUAAUGAAGAGUUCUUUACAAUGGAUAAUGUGGUUUUAUCUCCACAUUCAGCUGCUUUUACUGUUGAAGCUACAUUAAGUUUGAGUGAGCUUGUGGCGGGGAAUUUAGAAGCUUUUUUCUUAAAUAAGCCCUUAAUUAGUCCAGUGAAGUUGGUUGAGUGAUUGAUUCUCUUGUGAGAUUAGAUUGUUUGUACUUAAUGAAUAAAUUCAUAUUUGAUGCAUUUUAUGAAUCUAUAAGGAUCUACUCUGUUUUUCAAUUACUUCAUGUAAUAAAAUUGAGCAAUUGUUUUGCA